AUGGAUCGCGGUACUAGUGCUCCGGCUUCCAGGCCGCGGACUCGACAACAACUGAACCGAUUGCGCCAGGAAGUUCGGCAGAGGAAGGAGAUGAACAGCAGGGUGGCGGAAUCCAUGAACAGUAGCGCUGAUGAUAUGAAGGGAAGGAGGGCGAAACGGUACUCUCGUAGUGAGCUUAAGCGUGAAUCUUCCAAUUUGGAGGAUUCAUGUUCAGCCAACGUGGUUUCUCUGCCGGAGAGUUCGGAUUCCGAUGAUGCAGGUUGUAACUGUAAGCACUCCCGGCAUUGCAAGAGGAAGAAGGAGAAGACGAAAACUGCUGUAAAACCGGAGGGCGGUCGAUUUGGAUCCCAGUUGGGAGAAACUUCAAGGAAGAUGAAAAAAGGUGCAGAUUCUGUCCAAGGUAGGGUUUCAUCAAUGGACAUUCCAGUCCACAUUCAUUGCAUCUCUUCUGAUUCCGAGCAUGUUGAUGAGUCUGAAUCUGAGAGAGAAUCAUCUCUUUCAUUAAAGGUUUCGGAGAUGCCUGAUUCUUCUGGUGAAGAAGUGGAAACGGAGAAUUCAAUCGGUGGUGUUUCCCGUCCCAAGAUAUCAUCAUCAUCCAAAUCUUUUGUUUCAGACAAGUCCGAUGCAUCAAUCGCAACCCCGAAAAAGCUUUCCACAAAUGAGAGAAGUGGCGCCAGUACUAGCAGUGAUGUGAGGAACAAUGAAAAUGGUCCAGGUCGAUUGAAAACGAUGAAGCGCGGCCUCAAUGUGAAGGAUUCCCAGUCUCUUAAGGAUGAUGGAAGAGUUCAAAAGAAGAUACAAAUGGAAGGGAAAGAACCCACUGAGCCAAUUCCUUCACUUAGAACCAGUGUUGAUGAACAAGUCAAUGUUAGUGAUGAUGUUGUUGAGCCCAAAGAUCCUUCGGUAAACCAAAGUGGAGGAGAUUCCUGGAAGGAGAUGGCAUGGAUGCCAUUAAAGAAAAGACACAAGUUUGUCGAUAAGGAUAAGAUUAUUGCUGAUUCAUUCUGGGACCAGAUUGAUCUCCCUGACAGAGACACUAUUCCACCUCCUUGUAAAGAUGAAGCAGACGAACAAGAAUUUCCUGUUAUCCCCAAGAAUUUCGGUCUGCAGGAUACUGAUUAUGAACCACCUGAAGAGAAAUCAUAUUGGGACAUUGUAGGGGAUAGCCUAUUCGAGGAGAUGCAAUUUGCCAUUGCCACUGAAGGAAUCGGAUUGACUCACGAUCAUGAGGUUGCCAUUGAUGAUCAGACUUCAUUAGCUGCUAAUGAUAGUUCUCUCGGACUUUGCGAACAUUUUUUCAUUCUUAACGAGGAAAUUGGGAUCCUUUGCAAAAAUUGCUCGUAUGUGAAAAUGGAAAUCAGACACGUUCCACCAACUUUUGUUAAGAAUCCAUGGGGAAGAAUAACCAGGAAAGAGACGAGGGAGGCUAAACUCUUUAAUCUAGACCGUUUCCAAAUGAAGGAGCAAAACAAUAUUAGCCCCGGUUCGCAACAUCUCAGGGACGAUGAUCUUGAAGUUGCGGGCACGGUUUGGAGCUUGAUUCCAGGUACCAGACGUAACAUGUACACUCACCAAAGAGACGGUUUCGAGUUCAUUUGGAAAAACAUACAAGGGAGUAUAAACCUGGAUGAGCUGAGGCAACAUGAACAUUCUUCAUUUAGGGGAAACGGAUGCAUUAUAUCACAUGCACCAGGAACAGGAAAAACCCGACUGACCAUUAUGUUCAUUCAAUCAUACCUUGAACGAUACCCUGUUUGCAAAGUCGUGAUCAUAGCCCCUUGCAGUAUGCUCCUCACAUGGGAGGACGAAUUCAAGAAAUGGAAAGUCAACAUUCCAUUCCACAAUCUGAACAAACAAGAAUUCUCCGGUCACGAGCUAGACGAGGCAGUUAAUCUAGUCAGACAGGGUCGCCGACAAGACAAAGAAUCGACGCGAUACAUCAAACUACUGUCGUGGAAGAAGGGCAAGGGUGUCCUCGGAAUCAGCUACAAGUUAUUCGAACAGCUAGCCGGGGAUCGUGUCUUUCUCAGAGAUGAAGCCGACAACAAGAAGAAAGAGUUACACCAUUCAGACUGCAUUCGAGUUAUGAAGAUGCUACAACAACUCCCGGACCUCUUGGUACUGGACGAAGGCCACACGCCCAGAAACGAAAAGAGCUUGAUUUGGAAGGCGCUCUCGAGGGUCAAUACUCAUAAACGCGUCAUCUUGUCUGGAACGCCUUUCCAGAACAAUUUCCGCGAGCUCUACAAUACUCUCCGUUUGGUGAGUCUUGAAUUUGCUGACCAACUCAUCGCUAAUGAAUGUGGACUAUCAAGAUCCAAAAAGACAACGUUAGACAGAUGGAUAUCUUUAACUAGCGGGUUCACGAAGAAGGAAGAGAAGAGCGUGGACAAGAUUCGAGCCAUAAUAUACAAAAUGGCACAUGUCUACAAGGGUAACAUACUUAAAGACAGCCUUCCCGGUUUACGUGACUCGCUGGUUGUGUUAAAGCCACUAGAAUUACAAACCGCGAUUCUGAAAAUCGUUAUGGGGACUAAGAACGGAGUAGAGCGCGAUCAUUACAUGUCUUUAGUAUCCGUUCAUCCCUCGCUUCUUCUCCAAUCUAAACUGUCUGAAAAACCGGAGCUUUCAGGUUACAAGGCGCAACUAGAAGCUCUUACACUGAAUCCACAGGUGGGUGUGAAGACAAAAUUCGUAAUCGAACUGAUCCGGCUGAGCCAGAGUCUAAACGAGAGAGUUCUGGUUUUCAGCCAAUACAUAAACCCUUUAGCACUGAUUAAGGAUCAGCUGAAAUCCCAGUUUGGGUGGUCGGAUGGGAAGGAGAUAUUGAAUAUGGAUGGAGGAACGGAAGUAAAGCUACGACAGGCAUCGAUCAGUUCAUUCAACGAUUCGGAUAGUGGGGUUAAAGUGUUGCUAGCUUCAACAAAGGCUUGCUCGGAGGGUAUAAGCCUGGUUGGUGCGUCGAGAGUUGUGCUGCUUGAUGUGGUUUGGAAUCCUUCGGUUGAGAGGCAGGCGAUUAGUCGGGCCUAUAGGAUCGGGCAAAAGAAGCUGGUGUAUAUUUAUCAUCUUAUUGCGGGGGAAAUGGAGAGUGCCAAGUAUGAUUGUCAGACACAGAAGGAUCGUUUAUCGGAAUUGGUGUUUACUUCCAAGGAAGAGGAUAGAGUUGGAGGACAGAGUUGUACUGUUGCUGAAGAUAUUAUUCUGCAGGAAAUGAUUCAACACGACAAAACAUGUCAUAUGUUUGAGAAAAUCAUUAACCACAAGGACUCCAGCAGUUUAAUCGAAACUUUCGGCUAG